AAUCUAACACAUUUGCCUUAUAUCAGCCUAAUAGCUUGAGUAUGAUUUCAGGAACCACACAGUUUCCAGUCGCUUUCCCAUCCCGUGAAUUUUCCCAGUCAGACAUUCAACCUUCCAAGAAAAUUUGAAAACCCCAGCUUUAUCUAGAAGUGCACCGCUACUCUGGGUCCGCUACUUUUAAAAGUCUGAAAAGUGAUCUGAGAUGAGGUGCAGGAGUCUAGUCACCUCCCAGAUCACUUGAAGAAUAAUAUGAUGAGAAAUGGAUUGUUUUGUCCAGUGAUUCCAAACAUAUGCUGAACGCCUUAGAUUUGAAUCUUGCGGUAGAAAAUGUGGCGUAAUAUCCCUUUAUUUUCACUGGUCCUUGCAGCGCAUCCUUAAUAGUAAAUAAAUGUCAAGAAUUCUUCCCUUGCGCUUUGCUAAGAGUCAUAUGACCCAGCCAGCACCAAAGGGGCGGUGCACAGUUGGUGCAAACGGCCCAAGGGGCGGCAGCUUUCUGGAGAAUGGAUCCAGUGAGAACUCAGUAGGACACUUCCGAUAGUUUUUGGGACUCAGAAGUGAGUCAACGGUAACUUUCGUGCCUCUUGGUGUGAAUUUGCAUUGGUUUUCUGCGGUAAAACCCCAGUGCUUACCUCGCAGCUGUAGGGUUUUCCAAGUUGUCUUUGCGGCUUUUAUUUUUUAAUUUCACCUGGCUCGGGGGAAAGCACGCUUCUCUCAACAAAACCCCCCCAAAAGGCUAAAGAGGUUUUCUCUUUUGUUUUAGCCUUGAUUUUCCUGUAACCAAAUACACGGCACGCGUUCUGUUCAAAGGCAAAGCGAGUUUUGGCACUCUUUACGCGCGUAUCCGCGCCAUCUGAGCUUCAGCACCAGUCCAAAACGGAUCUACACUGGAAAUUAAAAAAGAAAGAAAGAAAGACGAAUAAGGAAAUUUAAAUUAAGAUUUGUUGUUUAAAGUUUAUUAAACGAGUGGAACUUUUUAUCUUCCACGCUAGACACACUAGAUCUCCUUUUUGGGGGGUAAGAAGUUGGACUGUAAAACUCAAAAUCUGCUCCCUGUUUUUUUUUUUUUUUUUUUUUUUUGCAGCGUUAGCAGUAGAGACCACGUCACUCGGUCUACUCCCCCUUUUCCUUCCCUUGUUGGAGCAACAUCCACAGCUUAGAAACAGCUGGAUAAAGAUUUUGGAUCAGAAAAGCGCAAUCAUGAUGACCGGAUUUCGACUAAACCUGUCGCCCCUGAAGGAGCCCAUCGGCUUCGUCAAACUGGUGGAGUGGGUGUUUCAGAGGAGCUCCCAUGACAAGCGGGAAAGAUUUCGUCUCUUGGUUGACUUUGGAAUGCCCCCCCACCGACCAAUCCCCGGAAGAGCCGAAGGAGUUGGCUGGGGCGUCUCUGCUUGGACUUGGACUCUACAAUCCGGACUCUGAUUAGCAACGAAGAAUGGAUGGAUGCACUUUUUGUAACAAACACUACAUCAUAACCAAAUGUUUCCCACUAAAAGAUAUUUUUAACAUGAAACUAGUGUGUGUGUGUGUGUGUGUGUGUGUGUGUGUGUGUGUGUGUGCAUCCCCAGCAAACUCUUAAACACACAAUCCUACAGACAGCCUACAGACAGUAUCCUGCCUUCAGGUGAUAGCACGUUCAGUAGAUCUAGGGACAAAAUUUAAUGUAACAUGAAAAUUGAAGGUUAUCAAAAAGUUUUGGGGGUUUUUAUCCAGUGUCCAUCUCCCUUAUAAAUUGUUUAGUGAAUCAAAAGCCACUUUACUUGUACUCAUAACUGGCAUGUCCUGAACAGUCGCACCGCCCAAGAUGUUAUCUCCCACACAGUAGGACACAGGGAGGAGUCUUCAGCAUAACAAACGCUACAAGGAUGCCCCCAGUCGCUCAUCGUUGUUUAAUAAGAAUGAUAAUAAAGCUUUUUUCUCUCUUUAUGGACUCGUGACUCCACCACAUUUCUCUGGCUAAAUAUGGAGAGCCAGUUUGUGCAGGGCCUCUGGAGGGAAACACAGUGACACAAGUAGGCGUGCACACACUCAAGUGGAUUUGGGAUUUGUGGUCAGACUGACCAGAGCUCUGCGACUUCUGUGUGAGAAAUGAAGGGAAGUGCUGAUUAUACUGCUUUUCUGCCACUGUUUCUAACUUUUUGGGAAAUUUAUCUUUCCUUAACAGCUUGUCAAAGUACAGACCCCUCCAUCUGCAAGCACUUUCUCUUUCCUUAUCAGUUCAGGUCUUUUUUAUAACAUACAAAAAAUAAAUAAAUGGUAGCUUCUUCUACGUAUUAUGAAUAGGUGCUGUGUGUGUAAUUGUUUAUUCUCCCUCAUAGCUCGAUUAUGAGCUCUAGUUUCAGGAAUGUCCAUAAUUUGGCACUGAGGGGUUUGCAGAUGUUUUGGAUGCCAAACAAAUGGAGACUAAGGACUGAUAAGGUAUUGCUGUGUUGCCACAGUUUUUAGGGAGUCACAGGGUUUUAAGAAGAUGCCAAUGUGUGUUUGGUCUAUGCUGGCCCUUGCAAUAGUUCAUAAAGGCAGAGAAAAUUUGAGAGAAGUACAUUAUUGUAGCCAAGAAAAAAAGAGAAAAAAACAGGAAGUGGCAGUCAGUGACAUCUGGAGAAACAUCUGGAGAGAAGUCUCGAGGUGUGGGGGUUUGUGGUGUACAUAAAGCGUUAAAUGACAGCUGCCCCUGUUGAAAGCACUUUUCAGCGUGACCGUGUGUGGUACAGUUUGGCUGACAAAACAGAAUUCAGGAAGUGAGCUUAAAGUAUUGUAAAGGUUUUAGUUGGUGUGUCCUCCUAAAUGGGCCGAUUUUUUUGUAUGUUUUUCUGUAUAAGGAAACAUUCUCUAUGUGCUUUGAGUCAAAGGCCAUUUCUUUGUUUUCAUGAUGCAAACCACUUCCUGGCCUUCAGUCUGUAGACUCCCUGUACAAGGAGAUUCAGAGCCAGUUCACAUCCACCUUUAUCUCAGGGAAGUAACUACAGUAUUAUUAAUUGGACAGUUCUCUUUGAGGAAGCACUUGGUGAUGGUGGGGAAGAAGAACUUCAGUUUGUUUUACGUCAUAUUCUGUUUCUUUGGGUUCUCAGUUCUGUAGCUUCAUCUGCUUAUCCUUAUCCUUUAAAAAUUCCUCAUAGUCCAAGGAAGCAUGUUGAUGAACAUCUGUGGUCAAGAGGGUUAGCGAACUGCAUCUGUAACUAUAUGGGAUGGUAAUUAAAUACAUGCCGGUUAUAAAUCAGGGAGUAGGGAAUUCCAGGCCUCGAGAGCCGGUGUCCUGCAGGUUUUAGAUCUCACCCUGGGUCACCACACCUGAAUCAAAUGAUUAGUUCAUUACCAGGCCUCUGGAGAACUUCAAGACAUGUUGAGGAGGUCAUUUAGCCAUUUAAAUCAGCUGUGAUGGAUCAAGGACACAUCUAAAACCUGAAGGGCACCUGCUCUCGAGGCCCUGCUAUAAAUCAUUAAAAAACUGAAUAUCCCACUCCUUAGAAUAUAUUUUAGUGCAACUUCACAGUAAACAAGCAAGGUGUGGAUGUGAGUUAGAAAUUGAGGACACUGCACACUCAGAGAAUCAUGGGGUAUCCAGACAUGGAAAGAAACCUGUAGGGAAGUUUUAUGUACUACAUCGUCCAGAGUGACAAUGAUACUUUGUAUCAGAAGGAAAUCAGCAAUUUGUAGCACAGAGCACAGAAAACAACCUACUGCUUAACAAAAAACAAAACUAAGGAUCUGACUAUUGAUUUCAGCUAAAAGAAAGCAAAUUGAUAUAGAUUAGUAGAGCUGAUGAACCUUUUUCAAUAUGUUUUUACUAACAAAGUUUUAUAAAUGUAAAUUAAAUGUGAGAAGAAAAAAAGAGUGUGUCAGGAGUGGGAUUUGAACCCACGCCUCCAUUUGGAGACCAGAAUUCCCUUUUGUGAGGCAGGAGUGACUCCUUGAGUCUGGCGCCUUAGACCACUCGGCCAUCCUGACAGUUGUGAAGUACUGAUUAACAAAAUCACUCAUGACAUCACAACUACACCUAAAGACUUGCCCCAUCUCAAUCUAUUUUAUACUUUGCUGUGACUAAGGAUGUAGAGGGCUGGUAUAAGAGUUAAUCUAACAUUAUUCUCUAUCCUUUCUAAUUAUGGUCAGUUUUCUGUAGCAGGGAUAUAAAAUGAAUAAGACUCAGAAUCACUCAACAGAUUGAAAUCAGAAACUGCUGUGCCUACGUAUUUACAGAAGCUGGGCUCAGUUUUCAUUCAAAACUCAACAAAUUCACAGAGUAUGCCAUUUCCCUCCACUACACCUAAAUCGGAAUGUUUGUUUUUUGCUGAUUUUACCUAAGCAUUCAUCCAUGUUUCUCCAUGGAACUAAGUGGCACAUUCUAGUUAAGUAUCACACUUUGCAGUUGGAUGUCUUCACAAACAGACUUCAGACAGUUUGGAUAGGCAGUUAAACCUCCUCCACCCCCUCAGGGUUGUAUGCUCAGCCCUCUUCCUGUUCACUCUGUGCACCCUUGACUGCUUUCACAGACAUGGAAAGAAACCUGUGUUGAAGUUUGCAGACUACAUCACCAUCUUCAGGAGGAAAUCAACAGUGUUGCAUUAUGGUGGACAGAAAACUUCUCAAAGUCCACGAAACAAAGGAGCUGAUGAUUGAUUUUAAGAAGAGUCAAUCAUUCCAUGAGUUGUAAUCAAGCAGCUUGAUUGAAAUUGGAGAGUAAAAGAUUUUGUCAGGAGUGGGAUUUGAACCCACGCCUCCAUUUGGAGACCAGAAGUCCCUUUUUGUGUGGAAGGUAUUUAUCCUUGAGUCUGGCGCCUUAAACCGCUCGGCCAUCCUGACAAGUUAGCUGAUGGUGUCAUCUAAGUCAAGACUGACAUUACAAAAACAAGCCAACAAUUCCACCUUUAGCCCUUUUCUCUUCUGGGGUUGUAUUGAUGAGCAAUACAAAACAUGUGAUGUGAGGGAAAAUGGAAAUGUUGACAUGCCUGUCUUUGUCAGCUAGAAUUCAUUCCAUUCAUUCCAUUCCAAUUCAUUCUCUGAUUAUAGUGAUAGAAAAACAUCAACAUAGUGACAAGUGAUAUACUGCCUGACAGCAACAUAGUUUUGAGUCUUAUAAUGGAAGCAAGAAUUAGUUCUUCCAUUUCUUUGUCAUUCAAUUAUUUAAAUUUGCUUUCACCCAACAUGGGGCUUGAACCCAUGACCCUGAGAUUAAGAGUCUCAUGCUCUGCCAUCUGAGCUAGCUGGGCUAUGAAGCCAACUUACAACACUGGUCUCAAAGCCAAAAAAGUUGCUAAACAGACUUGGAGCGGAGCAUAGAAAACCUGAGGCAAAGUUUAGCUAAUGGUAGUAUGCCUCCUGCUUGCAUACUCAUCUGGACUAAAUUAUGGAUUUAAAGGGUUUGAAAAAAUGGUAUAAAAGAGAUCAAAGAGUGAGUUGCAUACCUGAAGCAGCAGGCUUUUGUGUAUCAUUCUAUUGUAGUUCUUUAAUAACACUAACACAGUGGUCCCUCGUUCAUCGCGGGCGUUACUUUCCAAAAAUAAUCCGCGAUAAGUGAAAUCUGCAAAGUAGCCAACUUUAUUUUUUACAAUUAUUGUAGAUGUAAUGCUGUAAAACCCCUCACUACACACUUUAUACACUUUUCUCAGACAGGCAUGAACAUUUCCACAGUUUUCUCUUAGGACAAAAAUAUGGCUGCGUAAAAGAUUACCACAAGAGACAAGCAAAGUUAGUAACUAGAUAAUAAUUUUAGUGUAAUAUUUAGUUGCCAAAGAAAGACCCACAGAUUUCCAUAAGGAGUCGGUGGAGACCAAAACAGAGGAAAAAGGAAAUUGAAGUUUACUUCAAGAUUACCGUGCAGCCAUAUACAGAAUUCCAAAUGUAAGUUACUAUUGCAUAUCGUUGCAGCAUGUCUGCUAGAUGUGCAAACAUGGAAGCCUCUAUUUGCUUCGAUCUUCACCAUAUUAACUGUUAAAUGCAACAUUAGUGGUCACAGGGCAGUCAUAAAUCUAAGAGCUAUUUAUUUUUUGCAAUAAAAUACGAAGCUUUCCGUGACACAUGGUGCCUAUCAACAACUCUCUUUCCGGUCUCCGUUCCACCUCCACUGGCUCCCCCCAGGGCUGUGUGCUCUCCCCCCUGCUCUUCAUCCGCUACACUGACGACUGCAGAUCCACACAGCCCAACUGUCACCUGGUUAAAUAUGCUGACGACACAGUUCUCCUGUCACUGCGGUCAGGCCCCUCACAACACCACGGGCCCUCUCUUCAGGAGUUUGUAGAGUGGUGUGACAGCUCCAAACUUGAAUUGAACGUGAGCAUAACCAAAGAGAUGGUGGUGACCUUCUCCAGUAGGCAGAGGGAUCUGGCUGCUUCAGUCACCACCACCAUCCACGGGAAGCCAGUGGAGGUAGUUGACAAGUACAAAUACCUGGGAACCAUCUUUGACAACCUCCUGAAAUUCUCUGCCAACACAGAGGAGAUUCUCAGGAGGUGCCACCAACGGCUAUACCUCCUUAGGAAACUCAACUCCUUUGGAGUCAACACACCCAUCAUGAUGACUUUUUACUAUGCCUUCCUGGAAAGCAUCAUGACCUUCUCCAUCACCUGCUGGUUCCACUCCCUCAGCUUUCAGAACAAGAACAGACUGCAUCAGUGUGCUCUAAAAUCAUUAGCCAACCUGUCAGAACUCUGGCACAGGUUUUCAGCCAACAGGCCCUCAGACAGGCAGCCAAAAUCAUCAACGACCCCUCUCACAUUCUUCACCCCGCAUUUCAAUGGCUCCCCUCUGGGCGACGCCUCCGCUGCAUUUCCUGCAGGACUGAGAGGAGGAGAGCCACCUUUGUCCCCAAAGCCACUCUGCUUUUUAACUCCAGCCGAUAAGACCAUUUCCCACACCCAUAAACAUAAACUACACUCUUCUUAUACUACCGACACUUUAUUCACUUUUAGUCACUUACAGUUAUUUAUUCACCUUUCACUCACUUUAAUUUUAAAAAUGUGUAAUUUUAAAACUGUAUAUUCUGUGUAUUUAUUAUUUCACUCCUAUUGCCUGUUCUUAUUGUCCUUACCUUCAACAUUAUGCUCCUUGGUUGUUUGUUAAUUGCCCCUUGGGGAUAAAUAAAGUCUUCUGAUUCUUUUUCUGAUUUUCACUUGAAAUCAUUGUUACCCAUCAUGCUGCUCGAUGAUUUCUAUUAUCAUUGGUUAACCUUGUUUAAAGGUUGAGCUGAGUGGCAGCCACCCUCACUAAAAGAAUUCUGUUUGUGUUGGUUUAAAGGGGAGCAUUAGUGUCACAUGGUCAGCAGGCUGAAUCAGAUGCUUUUCUGCAAGAAAGAAUUUAAGAGCUGAGUGGCAGGAUUAGUGAAACCAUGCAAGUCACAUUUUUACAUUUUGAAAAAAUGAUGUGGUUCUUUAAAGGAAAUACUUGAUUUGUGCUGUCAUGGUUUUUUUCUGUAUUUUUUUUCAAUAGCAAAUAGAAAGUAACUGACCCAAUAUUCGAUCCUCUCUUUCAAAUUCUUGAAACUCUUCUUUUAUGAUCCUGUAAAAAUUGCUCAGUUGUUGUGUGUAUUCUUUUCAUGCGGUUCUUUAUAUUGAACAUACUGAGCAUAAUCCCACCACUUAGAAACUCUCCAGAGCCUUUGCUUUCCUGGUUUUGAUGUUAUUAAUAACAUUUUUCUCAUGAAACAUUUUUCUCU